UGCGCGUUACAUGGGUAGUUGGCAGAGUCGGUAGCGGGGUAAGGUUCCGCUGCACACAGAGUGGAAAAUGCCGCUGGGCUUAAAGGGGAAAUGGAAGCACAGAUCGCGGGACAGCACUACCUUGGUGGAGAACGAAGGUGGCGCAGGCUGGAGGGGUGGCGGGAUCGGGGCGUCUACCCCGAGCGCGGCCGGCGGGGCUGGGCUGCCUGCGCCGCCGUCUUACGCCCGGCCCAAGCUGGUCUUCCACACGCAGCUGGCGCACGGCAGCCCCACCGGCCGCAUCGAGGGCUUCACCAAUGUCCGUGAGCUUUAUGCCAGGAUUGCCGAGGUGUUCGAUAUCCCUGCCUCGGAGAUUUUGUUCUGCACAUUGAAUACACACAAAAUUGACAUGGACAAACUCCUCGGCGGGCAGAUUGGCUUGGAAGACUUUAUUUUUGCACAUACAAAAGGUCUCAGGAAAGAAGUGGAUGUUUUUAAAUCAGAGGAGGCUCUGGGAUUGACCAUUACUGAUAAUGGGGCAGGAUUUGCUUUCAUAAAGCGCAUCAAGGAAGGCAGUAUCAUCGACCAAGUGAAAGUAAUUCUUGUCGGUGACCAUAUUGAAUCGAUCAAUGGCAAGGGUGUGGUUGGCUGCCGGCACUACGAGGUGGCCAAGAUGCUGAAAGAAUUGCCAAAAGGCAAAAGCUUCACACUCAAGCUGGUAGAAACCACUAAAGCAUUUGAUGUGAUUGAGCCCCGAUCACGAGGAAAGCCUGGUGGCGAGGGUAAGAUUGGCACAGGAAGGGGCACACUACGAUUGCGUUCAAAGGGACCUGCAACUGUGGAAGAGUUGCCAACUGAAUUCGAAGAAAAAGCAAUCGGUAAAGUUGAUGACCUGUUAGAAAGUUAUAUGGGCAUAAGGGACACUGAAUUAGCUGCAACCAUGGUUGAGGUUGGGAAGGACAAGAAAAACCCUGAUGAAUUUGCAGUGGCACUCGAUGAGGCCCUGGGCGACUUUGCGUUUCCGGAUGAGUUUGUCUUUGAUAUCUGGGGUGCCAUAGGUGACGCAAAGAAGGGAAGACUUUAGUGCCAACGUUUCGAUAGGCAGCGUUUUGAAGCUUCAUUGAUAGUUCCUUUUUUAAAAAAAAAUGCCAAAUGGACUUUGUUGCCUGAGAGUGGAGUGAGCACAUUUUUAAAAUUGUGUUCAAUUUGUCCAGUAACUUCUUAGGCCAUCACAAGACCAUCCAAUAAAACACAGACCACCCUCAUCCCUGCCCACUACCUUCCCAUGUUGGAGUAGAGGACAAUCUUACCUUACUAAUCAGUCAAUCCCUCUCUCUCUUUUCCUCUGUCUGUCUCUCUUUCUCUUCAGGUUUCAAUAAAUUAUUGACGGAUAUAUCACUUCUGUUUUUCUCUGGUUUCCACUAGAGAGCAGUACUACAUGCCAUUGUUAAGUGGACUGAGCCCCGUACGAGCUCACCCUUUCCACUAUUGAGGAUCUACAGAAGGUGCAGCACUUGUAACCUUAGUGACUAUAUAUCACUGGGCAAAGUGUUUUUUAAAGAAAAAAAUUGAGAAAGAUUUAGUUCAAAUAACAAGUACAGUUUCAAACAUUGCUCUUUCUGUGAAUGAGAGUAUUUAACAUUUAUGUCACCAAAGUUAAUUUUGGAAAUAGCAUUCAUUCCGAAUUAUAAAUGAUGUUGGACCAAAGAUUUUCUAAGAAUAUUUGUACACUCCUGUCAAUCCAAUGGGGUUUUUUUCUAUAAUUUUAGACAUUUGGACAAUGUAUUUUCACUCAAAAUACGUAUAAAGAAUUACAAGCCAACAAGUGUUUUUUUAAUAAUUGCAGCCUCGUUUAUAAUUUACCAAGUCUUAAAAUGAUUUACCAUGGUGUGCCUAAUGAUGUUGCACUGUAUUUUUAUAGCUAAAUUGUUCGCUAAUUUUGUUUGGAUCUUUGGUACCAGGACAGCCAAUUAAUCAUAUAUUUGAUAGGACUUUAUUUUAAUAAUCUAGUGACUCAAUUUUAUUCACUUAGUCUGUAAAUACACAUUGCCUAUUGACUUAUCUGAAUGUAGAUUGGAGUUUAAUUGUGGUGGUUUAGGUUAUCACUACUUGGGAUGAUACCCUUGUCUCGAAUGCCAGCCUCCAAAACUCACUAAUUCAACAGCACUUCCUGAAUCAUCAGUGACGCAGGAUGGGUUGAUAAUAAGCCAAGACUCCUGAUCAAAAUAAUUUUUGUGUAAUCCUUUUUCAGUGAGUCAAACAGUAUAACUUUUUCCACCCACUGCUUGGAGCAGGUUGUUUUCACUUAAGUGUGGUAUGUACUGGAUAUAAUUAAUGAGAUUGCAUCAUGCAUUGGAUGUCUAUAAUCUUCAACAUCUUGUUUAUUUAUUUAAGCUCUUUGUUCUACAUCCAGAUGGAUUUGUGUUGUUAUUACUAUAUUUUUCAACGGGGUUUUGGUUCUCAUUCCAUUUUAUAUUGCUAUAACUCUACAUUUGUUUAAAAUGAAUCAGUUACCUCAAAUGGUUCUCCGAGAGCAUCCAGACUUGAUCUCUGUGGGUCCAUACACAUGAUUUGGUCUUGGGUGUGUGAUUUUCUGGAGUUGCCCAUCCUCCAUCACUGUGCGCUAUAUAUAUAUAUAUAUAUAUAUAUAUAUAUCUACACUGUUGGCUAAGCAUGUGUUACAUUCAGGUGCUACAUUCAGAAAUAUAAUUGUAUAAACAUUCCUAUGUAUGUACAUGCAUCAAAAGCAGUUGAUGCUUGUAAGUUUGUGCACCAAUGAGACAUCACUUCUACCAAAGCUCUUUCCAAUUCGGACCAAAUUCAGAAAUGGGAAUAUCAAUCAGCUUGGAGGCUGGCGGUGAUCUAAGUUUGCCUGUUUUAACUUUAUGGGACUAGCUUUCUCUCCAAGUACAACUGACUUUCUUCUGCACUUACAAUCAAAGGGAAGAUAACUCCUCCCAGUAAAAAUGACUCUUUGAGCAUUGGUCUAUUAAGCAUGCACAGUCAUAACUGGGCUUCACAAAGUUCAUAAUGACUACUUUACCUAAAGCAGUGCUUCGGUGUUGAACUACUGAAAACACAAUGAUUUACACUACAUGUUAAAAUGCCUUCUGUAAAGAGAUUUUUCUAUUAAAGUUUUUUUUCACAAA